AUGGCCGGUGAAAUGGAAAAACCAUUAGUAAUAGGAAAAGCAGCAAAGCCUCGAUGUUUCAAAACUAUUGAUGUAGAAAAAUUGCCAGUUUCGUGGUACUCUAACAAAAAGGCUUGGAUGACUGGAAAUAAUGCCGUAUGUCAUUCAAAACUCGAUUUAUCAAACAUAAAAUUAGCCUGGUUCCCUCCCAAUACAACUUCCAUUACACAGCCUAUGGAUCAAGGUAUUAUUUACUGUGUUAAGUUGUAUUAUCGCCGACUUCUGAUGCAAUCACUUAUUGCUAAUGUCGAUAAAAUAUCAGUACUAUCUGAAUUAUCUACAGAAUACAGAAUUGCUACAGAAAAAACCAGACAAAAAACAUUAUACGAGUUUUGGAAUUUAUAA